UACAUAGAUAAUAUGUUUAAAGUGGCAUAAAAGUUUAAAAUUUACGUGUUGUGAUGAUUUAAAGCUAAAAUGGUUCGUAGAAUGUUUGCGAAGCGCCUCAAAACGCCGCAACACCAGUGACAGUUCAAAACCUAACCUAUAUGUGUUGUAAACAAUUUCAAGCGUCGACCGUAGGUACAAAUUUAAAAUGUUGUUAUAAUAGUAGCUUAUUGAUCAAUAGUGUAAAUAAUGCCUCAUCAAUACGGUUUGACUGGUUACGCACACGGAGCACAGUCGCCCCCUUCGCCACCGCAAAUUUCUGGGCAACACGGCGCUAUGUUUCCUCGUCUGUCUGGGGCUUCGGUCCCUGGAGCGGGUGCUUACAGGUCGGAAGAUCAAAGAUUAACGACAGAAGCUAUGAAGAAAUACCUGCGAGAAAGGUCGGAUAUGGUAAUAGUUAUAUUACAUGCAAAAGUAGCACAGAAAUCUUACGGUAACGAAAAAAGAUUUUUCUGCCCUCCGCCUUGUAUAUAUCUUUUUGGCGAAGGUUGGAGAAUGCGACAGGAACAAUUACUGAGAGAAGGCGAAAGCGAACAAGCAGCACAACUUUGCGCUUUUAUAGGAAUAGGAAAUUCGGAUCAAGAUAUGCAACAAUUAGAUUUAAAUAAUGGUAAACAAUAUUGUGCGGCAAAGACACUAUAUAUCUCUGAUUCUGACAAACGUAAGCACUUUAUGCUGUCAGUUAAAAUGUUUUAUGGUUCAGGACAUGACAUAGGUGUAUUUAACAGUAAAAGAAUAAAAGUUAUAAGUAAACCUUCAAAAAAGAAACAAUCUUUGAAAAAUGCCGAUCUCUGUAUAGCCAGUGGUACUAAAGUAGCAUUAUUUAAUCGAUUACGGUCUCAAACAGUUUCCACAAGGUAUCUUCAUGUGGAAAACGGAAAUUUUCACGCGAGUUCCACACAAUGGGGAGCUUUUACGAUUCAUUUACUAGACGAUAACGAGAGCGAAAGUGAGGAAUUUCAAGUCCGAGAUGGUUAUGUACAUUACGGCUCCACGGUAAAGUUAGUAUGUUCCGUUACUGGAAUGGCGCUACCGAGAUUGAUAAUACGAAAAGUGGAUAAACAAAUGGCAUUGCUCGAAGCCGACGACCCCGUAUCGCAAUUGCACAAAUGUGCAUUUUAUAUGAAAGAUACGGAACGCAUGUAUCUUUGCCUGUCACAAGAACGAAUAAUUCAAUUCCAAGCAACACCUUGUCCAAAAGAGCCGAAUAAGGAAAUGAUCAACGACGGCGCUUGCUGGACCAUCAUAUCCACGGAUAAGGCAGAAUACCAGUUUUACGAGGGAAUGGGACCAGUCAGGUCGCCGGUAACACCUGUACCCACGGUGCAUGCUUUGAAUCUCAACGGCGGCGGAGAUGUCGCAAUGCUCGAAUUGACCGGCGAUAAUUUUACGCCGUCUCUUCAAGUUUGGUUUGGAGAUGCGGCUUCGGACACCAUGUAUCGAUGUGCCGAAUCCAUGUUAUGUGUUGUACCUGACAUAGCCGCGGUUUGCGGUGGAGACACGCUUUGGGCACACCAGCCUACACAGGUGCCCGUGUCUUUAGUUCGUAAUGAUGGUGUUAUAUAUGCCACUGGCUUAACAUUCACGUAUACACCGGAGCCUGGGCCCAGGACACACUGUCCUACCGCCGAAGAGGUGAUGAGACCGAGAGCCACGGCCGCCGCUACUGCGCCACCUUGGGGUGCUCAUGGGUGUAUGCAAUAGAAUAGAUGACAUGAUAGAACAAGGAGAAAUUUGGCAGAAGAAGCUAUGAAGAUGCCGAACUGAGGAAAACGCAUACAUAAAUUAUUAUAGUUCGACUUCGACGAUUAAUGCAUAUAAUUAUGCAAAAUAAUAAUUAUUAUUUAUGUAUGAUCUAAAUGAGCUAUUAAAUUAUCGUAUUGUUGGUGUGUGCAAUCCGUUCCAUAUGAGAUUAUCUACUUUAGGUUAAAUUUUAUUUACUGCCUUUAUAAAUAAUUUAUUUUAGUGCUAUAUGACUGCAUGCCACUAAUUAAACCGGAAAUAUUGUUUAUUGAUUAUAUGUAUUUAUAUUUUAAAUAUUCGUAAACUUAAAACCCAGUCAAAUACAAUUGAGCAUCAUAUUACUACGAUUGGAUAAGUAUAUGAUAACCUGUUUUAAAAAGUACAAGUUUCAUUUUGAUAUCAUAUUACAUUACAAGUUUGAUUUAAAUGCGAUUUAUAGAAGCAAACCCUGUUGCAAAUUAAUUAUGACAUUAACAUUUAUUCCGAGUUUGGGGAAAAAACUAAUUAAUGUUCGAUAUAUUUCCACUCUAAUUAAGCCGAUCCUCAGCACGUUUAUUUAAAUAGCUUUUAAUAUAAAGCAAUUUUAGUGAACAUUAUUACAUAUUUAGUGAAUAAUUUUGAAGUAUUUUUACAAAACAAUGUUACCCGGACGUCAGAUAUGACGCAAACGCUUCGUUACAUAAAGCAAAUUUUCAAAUCAACAUGCUGUACUCAUCAUAUCAUCCUGCCUGCAUAAUUUUCGAGACCCCGAGGUUCACAAUCAUUGAAUAGAUCAUAAUACUAAUAUAAAUUUUGACAUCAAUGAAUAUAUGCGAAUAUGGACGAUGUGAAUGCGAACGAACUACGAUUAUAAAGUAUGAACAGGGAAUAGAUUUUUCCCAUUUCGUCAACUAGAGAUGAACAUUUUUUUAUUGGAACUACUACAAACUGAAAUAAAUUAAAAUUAAUGAUUUUAAAUUAAUCAUGAAAUCAAUAAAAUCAUUGAUUGAAGAAUUUCUGUCAUCGAUAUAUAUUGUACAUAAAUCGUAAUCACUAAUAUAUUAGGCAUCAUGAUAUUACAUAUGUGACAAAUGUGUGUAAAAUGCAAAUAUUAGUUAUAUUUAUAUAAUC